AUGAGUGCUCAAUUAUCAUCUCAUCCACAUCUUUAUCGUCUCAUUUUAUGGUUUGAAAAGGAAGAAUUAUUAGUUCAACAAUUACUAAUGAAAGUGAUUUCGGAUAAACCGGUGCGCAAACGAAAGCGAGCGGCAAUAACAACUCUUAUAGAUGAUUCAUUACAAUCAUUAUGGAAUAGUUAUAAUGCUGGAACACUCAAUGUAACAGAAUUGUUAUUGGAAUCAUCGAAAUGGAUUGCAAAAAAGGCCUCAUAG